AUGGUUGUUUCAUUAGUUUAUUUAUUGAUCUAUUCUCUGUACAAGCAUUAUUAUCUACCUUAUCGUGUUUUACAAAGAACGGGAUUACCAUUUGAUCGUCCUACUUAUUUAGUUGGCAAUAAAUUUGAUUUUGAUCCUUCUCUCCUUCAUGAGCGUCAGCUAGAAAGGCAGAAAAAGUACGGCUUGGUUUAUGGCGAAUUCUUUUUCACUGUUCCUACUAUAUUUAUAGCAGAUCCAGAGAUAAUCAAAAGCAUUAUGGUUACUCAUUUUUCGAACUUUUGUAAUCGAUUUCAAGCCAUCAAUUUACCUAGUCUAUUUGAAAAAUCGAUUUUGAGGAUUGCAGAUGAACCUUGGAAACGUAUUAGAACUACAAUGGUCGGAUCAUUUAGUGUUGCGAAAUUAAAAUGCAUGCAAAAUCUAAUUAGUGAUUCUUGUCGUAUUUUAAUGGCUAGAUUUGAAGAAAGCUUUUACGAAAGUAAAAAAAUUGCUUUGAUAAAACCAUGUGAACAUUUCUCCAUGCACAUAUUAUUGGCCGUAGCAUUUGGCAUCGAAUUUGAAUCAGUGAAAGACGAACGUAAAAUAACCGAGGCUGUAAAUAUUCUGUUUUCAAAUACGCCUGUUGGUUUACGAGUUGUAAUGAUGCUUUCUAUGAGGGCGUGGGAAGCUCUUGAACGGUUAAUGGGUGGCAAUUUUCAAAGUUCAAUCGAUUACUUAGAGAAGAUAGUAAUGAAUGUUAUUAAAGAUCGACGCAAUAAUAUCAAGCUGAAGAAGCCAUGCCGUCAAGAUAUCCUACAACUGCUGAUUGAAGCCGGCGAUAAGGGCAAAUUAACUGAUGAAGAGAUUGUCGCUCAAGUAUUCUUUCUAAUGGCCGGAGGUUAUCAAACUACCGCUACCACGUUAAUGUUUGCUCUGUAUUCGAUUGCUACAAAUAGCAAUGUACAAGAGAAAUUAUAUGAUGAAAUUCAAGCUAAAUAUGAUAAUAGCAACUGCCAAGUGGAUUACAAUUUUGUUUCUGAGCUGCCGUACUUGGGAAUGGUCAUAGAAGAGACCACACGAAUGUAUCCUCCAGUGAUAUUUCCCGAUCGCGGAGUGAAGGAAGACAUUGUUAUUAAUGGAUUGCUUAUUCCUAAAGAGGUCAUGAUUGGGUUUCCUACAUACGCCAUACAUCAUAAUCCAGACUAUUGGCCAAAUCCAGAAGAAUUUCGCCCUGAACGAUUUUCGCCUGAAGAAAAAGCAAAACAGAUCCCAUUUAGCUACAUUACUUUCGGUGAUGGGCCACGACAAUGUCUGGGCGUUCGCUUAGCCAAAUUAGAGAUUAGGAUGGCAAUAGUGAAUAUAUUACUUAAAUACGAAUUAUUUCCAGUUAAGGAAACAGAAAUUCCCUUAAAAUUGAAGAGCUUGGGAACAAUGAUACCUGCUAACGAGAUUGUCUUAGGUUUAAAGAAGCGCUAG